GUAACCCAACAGAAGGUCAAGGUUGGAGAGGACAUAUCAAGUACUAUACUAUACUGUGGCUUAAUUGCAAACAACGGAGCUGCUUUAAAUCAAGAGAUGACCAGACUCUCGUGGCUUUGUGUUUCGGAAAGACCCACUAAAGAAACACAAGUUUCCACCAGCUCACUUUGGCAAUGUGGGUGUGGCUAUCAUAUGUGCACUGACCCUGGCUACAUGUGCGUAUCACAGAAGAGGCUAUGCUUCUACUAUUCUCCAUACCUCUUUGGCAUCUAAGUACCAGUGGCUUGAUAGAGGCACACCCUGGAUUAGAGCUCUUGCAGACAGACUGACAUACCCCAGAAUCUAGGACCAGCUGCAUACUGUCGUAUCUUCCCCAUGCAUGACCCUAACUACAUUGAUUUCCCUGUACGACCAAUGUCAACAUAAGACUGCCGACCCAACUUUGAACGAUCAAACCUCUCUAGAUAGAAAAAAAGUGCAUUGUCUGCUUCAUCAUGGAUUCUGAAGAGCUGGCAACUCUUACAGCAGAAUAUGUGAACAAGCAAAGCUGUCGACGCCCACUUGAUUAUACAAUGACUGUGAGGUUUUCACUUUCUGGAACUGUCAACGAGCUUAUGGAGCAUUUAAGUGCUAGCUACAAUGGCCUACAAAGUAGCACUGGAAAAGAGCUUUACUUGUUGACCAAACAUAAGGAAGUGAGGCUGGACAGAAACAAGUACUCCACACUGUCAGAUAUUGGAGUUCAAAACAACGCUCACAUUGAACUAAGGGGAUAUCGGCCGAUUAGUAAAAAGCACUAUGUCUACCCUCUUGUGGUUAUAGACCCAGCAGGAAAAGAAAUAACCUUGCAGGUUACAAACAGAACUGAUUUAAUGACUCUCAAACAUAAGCUUCAAAACAAAACUGGCAUUCGUGCAUCUGAAAUUUCACUUUAUUUUAAAGGUAAACCUUUACCCAAGAGCCAUGCACUAACUGUUGAGUUGUAUGGUGGAAGAUCAUCAAGAAAGCAGCUUAAAAUGAAACUUGUUGGUAGGCAUCUGAGGGAUUCCUCUUUGACUGUUACAGGUGCCAGACUGGCUGAGAAAGAUGGUGCCUAUAGAGUGCCAAGUGAACAUCUUCAAUGCACACUGUCAGCAGAUCAAAACAAUAUUCCUGUGGAUUUACCAUCGUCUCAGUCUACCGAUUUUUCUCGAGACCUUGUAGUGUCUACAAUUGGAUUUCUUGAUUUGAGCAGGCAAAAAUUUAACUUGUUCAGGUUGGCGUUACGACUAGGAAUUCCACAAGGUGACUUGCAAGCAAUUGAAGCAAAUUUCCGUAACGACUUAGAAGGCUGCAAAUUACGAAUGUUUUUGAAAUGGAAAGAAAGAAAUGGUGAUGAUGCCACCUGGAAAAAGCUGAUUGAUGCUGUAUUGGAAGAGGGUAACAAAGAAUUUGUAAGCAUCAUAAAAAACAUAGCAUGUGUUCAAAAGAACUCCGAGUCAGAUACGAAAUUGUGUGAUUAAGACUCAGCAACGAAUAGUCGACACUCCGGAAAUUACUCAUCAAGUCCUUAAAUGUUGCUGUUCAUUUUUAUUCAUUGUCAACAUAAUUAUAACGACUAGAAAAACAUUUGCAAUGUGAAAAAUUGCUAGGAUUGGCCAGGGGAACCACAAAAAAGCGUGGGAACAAGAAAUCAGACGAGAGCAUAACUCCAAUCCGUUACAACGUCAAUCACAUGUACUGGUAGUUUUCCCAGCCAAUAUGCCACGCAAUUUUUACUGGUGGAGUGAUGACCAAUCCCUAUAUAUAUUUAUUAUACAUCCAUUUUGGAAUGUGGGGCACAUAAUCAUGAUGAUUUGUGAUGAAUUAAUGUUCCUAAUACAUGCAGUGUUGAGCACAGGUAUACACACAGUCCAUCCAUGCGUAGUAACAUGCACGGACCGUACUGGUGACUUGCAUGGAUUGAUGUGGUGGAUGGAAGCUGAUAGAUGGAUCUGGAACACAGUCUAUUACUUAAUAUACUAUGUAUUGUACAUGUUCAUGACGUUGUAACGGAUUGGAGUUAUGCUCUCGUCUGAUUUCUUGUUCCCACGCUUUUUUGUGGUUCCCCUGGCCAAUCCUAGCAAUUUUUCACAUUGCAAAUAUUUUUCUAGUCGGAUUCCCUUUCUUUUUCAGUACAGUUUACGUAUCAUGACAUGCAUAAGUGGAACGUCAAGAGGCAGUACAGAAGUUUAAGAAGAGAAGACAGGACUAUAAUCAAAUAUCUUCUAGAAUAUCUCUGGACUAAUAAUUAUAGUAUAAAUGAGUAAUAUUGCUUGAUAUGUUGAAUUUGUGAAUCAGUAUUAAAUGACAGCCAUUUUAAGAGCAUGAUAUCUAGCCAGUGCAUAUAGCAUGCCUGUCAGAGAAAGGGAGCUAGAGCUGAACAGUGUGAAGAAAAGCAACACCUCAGGCUCUGGAAAAGCACUGCUGAUUUUAGGCGCACGGUUUAUUAGCCACGCCUAUCAAUUGCCACAACGCAAUUGCUGAGUCAUUAAAGAUGGCGGAAUUGUCUAGGUAUAUAAGAGAAAUAGAGACUGAGAGGUCAUCUGCCUUGUGGAAGCAAUCGCAAAUCUGAAGAAGCGCUUUGUAAUCCAGGUUGUAGUCGUUUGGAAACCCUGUGCAGAAUGUCCUGGAGAUGGCUGUACUUGGAGCAAAUGCUGGGCAAGAAACUUACUUACUUACUUACUUAGUCAGUCAGACAAAGAGUGGUGAAACUUCGAAAUAGUGCAAUUUUUAAAAUGAAAAUAUUUCAUUCAUUAAAAUGUUCAUGGAUUAUGAAAUGAGAGAUACAAAAAGAGAAAAGGCUAAAUAAACUAUCUGUCUAGCCAGUUCCUUGAUGUGGCCUUUCCCUGCAGAGAUAGAACAGUUUGAACAUGAGUCAAAAUAAUUGAAAUAUUGCUAAAUACGGGCAAACCCACUGCCAAUCCUAUGUAAAACCUACUGGUUUUACUAAUAAUUAUUAUACAACUCAUUUUGACAACUAUAAUUAUAGUCAUGUUGUCUAAAAUUAUUAUUAUUAUUAUUAUUUUAGAACAAUGUACAACUAAUGAAUUAAGGCCUUAUUUUUAGGCAUAGAUAGAGUAGAGAGGGAUUGGAAACGGAAGUACCCUCAAAGUACCAGGGCUAUAAACAUGAAUAAUUCAUGAGAAUUGUUUUGCUCUCUGUAAAAAGUCCACGAGCAGUUCUGCUGCUAAACAUCAACUUUCAUCUCAUACUCGAGGCCAUUUGGGACACAGGACACUAUAUUUAGCUACACAGCCUUAGCUAUAUCAUAUGACAGUACACCUAUAGACACUCUUGGUAUAAUUAAUAUUACUGAUUUAGAUGUUUACACUUUGUUAACUUCUCUUAAUCCAACUAAAGCUCAAGGUAUUGAUGGAAUUGGACCAAAAAUACUUCGAUCCUGCGCACCUGCUCUGUAUGUAGUUAUUCACCACCUCUUCACUAUGUCACUAUGGUAUUGCAAAAUUCCAUUUGAAUGGAAAGUCCACUGCAUCGUGCCUAUUUAUAAAUCAGGUGACAAAAGCUCAGUCACAAAUUACAGACCCAUCUCACUGCUUUGCUGAAUCUCAAAAGUUCUGGAGCGCUUA